GGGCCGACAGUUCGGUGCACUCCGCCACGGGGGCGUUGGUGCACGUACUUUUCCUAGUGCUGGCCAUCCUGACUUUCCUCGUGUCUCUGGACGUGCUCAGCGCCGCCUUCAAGCUGAUCAGUGGCCGCGCGGCGGGCCGCGUAUUCACCAACAGCAGCGUGUUACGCAACCCCGUGGUGGCCCUCAUGAUCGGCGUCCUCGUCACGGUCAUGGUGCAGAGUUCUUCCUCGUCCACCUCCAUCACCGUAUCCAUGGUUGGCUCCAACCUGCUGACGGUGCGCAGCGCGGUGCCCAUCAUAAUGGGCGCCAACGUGGGCACCUCGGUGACCAACACCAUGAUCUCGCUGAUGCACGUCAAGCGACGAGACGAGUUCCGCCGGGGGUUUGCAGCUGCCACGGUGCACGACAUCUUCAACUGGCUCACCGUGCUCGUCCUGCUGCCCAUCGAAGUGGCAUUCAACAUGCUGGAGAAGCUGUCCGGCUCGUUUGUGCACGUCAUCGACCGGGGCCAGCGACUGGAGACGUCCAGCUAUCUUAACGCCCUGACGAAACCCUUCGUCAGGCUUAUCGUGCAGCUCGACACCCAAGUAAUAAAGGAAAUUGCGCUGGGCAAGGACACCAAUGGAACAGUCCUGAAGCGAUGCUGCCAGAAAAACGGCACUGAAUGCGUUGCAAAAUGCGCAGCGCUAUUCAACUGGCUGAACUGGAGCGACACGGCGACGGGAGCCUGCUGCUUCGCGCUGGCCGUGCUGAGCAUCCUGCUCUGUUUCUACGUCUUGGUUAAGGUGCUCACCGGACUCACGCAGAGCCACGUUGUCAAGGUGCUGACGGUGUGCGUGAACCGCGAGUACAGUUUCCCAGCGUCGAUGCUGGUCGGCUACCUGAGUCUGCUCCUGGGCUGCCUUAUCACGUUCGUGUUCCAAAGCAGCUCGGCAUUCACUUCAGCGCUGCUGCCGUUUGCGGCACUGGGCAUGCUGGACCUGGACCGCGUGUACCCGCUCACGCUGGGGUCGAACGUGGGCACCACGGCCACUGGUCUGGUGGCCGCACUAGCUGGUAGCCCCGUGACACGGGAGCACGCGCUGCAGAUCGCCCUGUGCCACACCUUCUUCAACGUCAUCGGCAUCCUGCUCUUCUAUCCGCUGCCCUUCCUCAGAAUCCCGUUGUUCAUCGCGCGACGGCUGGGCGAGACGGGCGCCAAGUACCGAUGGUUCGUGCUCUUCUACCUGCUGCUGACGUUCGUGCUCAUUCCGCUGGGGGCGCUUCUGCUAUCACUUCUCGGCGACGUUCCAUUCAGCAUCAUCAUGGUCGUCAUCAUAUCAUGCGCACUACUCACGACGUUCAUCAACGUGCUCCAGUCUGCACAUGCUCCAUUCUUCAACAUAUCGCCGCUCAUGAUCCAGGAUAAGGCACCGGACCUGCUGCCCGUGCUGCUACAGAGCUGGGACUUCUUGCCCCUGUGGAUGCAUUCCCUGGCACCCAUGGACCGCUUCUUCAAGCACCACCUGGAGCGCGUACCUUUCUGCCAGGUGUUCCUCAAUGAGAUGUCCUUCAUCUCCGAUCCCCACGUCGACGAUCCGCCU